UAAGCAAUUUCAUACCUGCUGUUAGUUCCGAACACCUUCUCUCUCUCACUCACUCUCUCUCCGGCGCGGCGCCACACUGUAACUCAGCCUUCUUUCUACUGAAGCUGUUAGGUUUUGCGAAUAGCAAUGUUUUUGACGAGGAUAUUUGGGAGGGCACUGUUUACGGCUGCGAAAUCAGAGGCUUCAGCUGCCGGAGCUGCUGCUUCGACUACAGUUAGGCAUAACCCGCUCGAGGAGUUCUUCGAGGUCGAUCGAAACCCUGAAGAUGAGAAGCCUGCUGUCUAUGGUCGGAGUUGGAAGGCUUCGGAACUGCGUCUGAAGUCAUGGGAUGACCUUCAGAAGCUGUGGUAUGUUCUUCUUAAAGAAAAGAACAUGUUGAUGACUCAGCGCCAGAUGCUUCAUGCUCAAAACCUUCGUUUUCCCAAUCCCGAGCGUGUUCCAAAGGUACGCAAAUCGAUGUGCCGAAUCAAGCACGUGCUUACCGAGAGAGCAAUUGAAGAGCAAGAUCCAAGGAGGUCAGCUGAGAUGAAGAGGAUGAUCAAUUCCCUAUAAUUUCCUAAUUAUCUUCGUUAGUUUGCGCGUUUAGCGAGUGGAGGCAUAUUGGUAUUAAUAUGCUGAUGCGUUUGUUUAUCAACGGAAAUAUUUGAAUUGAAUGUUCUUGUUAGAAUUUUUGCACGAAACUGAAAGAAGUUGAACAAAUUUGAGAUAUUCCUGUUUGAA